AAUAUCGCGCCUAAGGGUGAGAAGCGCAUUUCAGCCGAGCUCAGCGGAAACAGGACUGUAAUGAAUAAAUCCAAUUAACAAAUAAAUUGAUGAUGGAGAAUCCUGAGGAAGAUUUACUGCAACUGCACAACGAUGAAGAAAUCAUCGAGGUUAUAGAGCUCAGCGACACAGAACACACCGCAGAGGAUCUGGCGGAGGAGCUGGAGGAUGUAGAUGUUGCUGAUGAAGAUGAUGAUGAUGAAGAUGAUGAUGAUGAAGAGAUGGAGUCUCAGCAGGACGACAGUGAACUCACGUUCUCCAAACACACGGGUUCUGUGUUCUGCGUGAGUUUGGACCCGGUGAGCAACACACUCGCGGUCACCGGUGGAGAAGACGACCGGGCCUUCGUGUGGAGUGUGUGUGACGGAGACGUGCUGUUCGAAUGCACUGGGCACAAGGACUCGGUGACGUGUGUGUCGUUCAGCUGGGACUCUCAGCUCGUGGCGUCUGGAGAUAUGAGCGGCCUCAUUAAAGUCUGGAACGUGGAGAGCAAGCAAGAGAUCUGGAGUUUUGAAGUGGGAGACCUGGAGUGGUUGCAGUGGCACUCCUGCGCUCCCGUGCUGCUCGCCGGCUCGGCCGAUGGGAACGUGUGGAUGUGGAAGAUCCCGAGCGGAGAGUGCAAGACCUUCCCGGGCCCGAGCUGUCAAUCAACCAGCGGGAAGAUCCUCCCUGACGGGAAGCGAGUGAUUGUGGGAUACGAGGAUGGAAGUUUACGUUUGUGGGACUUAAAACAAGGCAAUGCCAUCUGUGUCAUCAAAGGGCCCGACGGGCACCAGGGGCCGCUGACGGCUCUGGCCUGCAAUAAAGAGGGAACGCUGGUUCUGACGGGCUCAGUCGACGGCCAGGCCAAACUCAUCAACACAUCCACAGGAAAGGUGUUAUGUUCAUUUUCCAGUGAAAACACUGAAGCAAAAGACUCGAUGCAGGAGCAGGAUUCCAACUCUGUAGAAUCUGUGGGAUUUUGUAAUGUGUUGCCUCUAGUUGCUGUUGCGUAUCUGGACGGCACACUGGCCAUUUAUGAUAUGAAUUCACAGAGCCUCAGACAUCGGUGUAAACAUGAGGUUGGGUUAGUCCACCUGCAGUGGGAAGAGGCGUCUGCUGUGGUCUCCACCUGUAAUCUGGCUGGUGUCGUGACUCUGUGGGACGCGCGAUCAGGAAUCCUGGUGUCGGAGUAUCGUGGACACACUGCUGAGGUCCUCGACUUCGUGCUGAACAGAGAGGCGUCAGUCGCAGUCACUGCCGGAGGAGAUCAUAAAGCCAAAGUCUUCGUCCUGCAGAGACCGGACCGGUAGAGCGAGGGAACCCGACCCCUGACCCCUAACCCGGACUGGUAGAGCGACGGAACCCGGACCCUAACCCCUAACCUGGACCGGUAGAGCGACUGAACCCGAACCCU